CUAACUAUCCAACUAUUGCCAUCCUCAUGCCAGCAAAAAAGGGUUCAACGGCAAGAAAGCCAUCCAUAAAGGCUAAAAGUGGAGCGAAAUCAAAAGCUCCACCGAAAAAGAAUGCUUCUGCUUCAAAGAAGGCUCCAACUUCCGUACCCGCAAAGAAGAAAGACCCAAAGAAGUCGAAAAUACCAGAGUAUCUCGAGGUUCCUACCCUUGAGGACGAUGAUCUUGUUGUAUCUGAUGAAGACAUGCAAUUUUUCGAGGAACACGGUGACUUUACUGGCUUUUUGAAGUCCAUGGACAAGAAAGCCAUCUCGAAGAAUGAUGCAAUUGUCAAAAAGCCUGUUGCCCGAGCUCCUGCAGCAUCAGUCCCCGAGCCAGCUGAAUUGACAGCUUCAGAGGAUGAAGACUCAGAUCUUGAUGGUGACGACAAUUUACCUCCUCUCAGUAGUUCUGAGGAUGAAAUGGAGGAUGUUGAAGAUGAAGAAGACGUACCCGAAAGCGAUGAGGAUAUGGAAGAAGACGAUCGGUAUGCUGGAUCUGACGAAGAGCAAGAUUAUGAAAUGAAGCCUCGAAAGGUCUCUUCAGAAUGGACAAAGAAAGAUAAAUUUACAAAAUUGCCCAUCAAGCUACCCGGCGGAAAGUGGGAACAGGCAGCAGAAGACGAAUAUUCUGACGACGACGAAGAAAAGGAGGAGCCUGUGCCAGAGAUCGAUAGUGAGCUGUCUGAGAUCGAGAUGGAAGACCCUGUCGAAACUCUGGAGCCUAAGAAGAAAACAUUCGUGGCAAGAAAAGAGGAGCUUGCUCAAAUUGCUUCGACCAUCAUGGAAGAUCCAGAAUCCAAUAUUGGUUUAUUGAGAACCCUGAAAGCUAUUUCCGAAGAUAAGAACCCAAAGGUUGCCCAGUUGGCUCUUCUGACCCAGCUCGCCGUCUACAAGGAUAUUGUUCCAGGGUAUCGCAUUCGCCAAUUGACCGAGAAAGAGGAAGCAAUGGAAGUGUCGAGGGACGUCAAGAAAGUGCGCGCGUUUGAACAAACAUUGCUCGCCAGUUAUCAAGCGUACUUGACUGAUUUGGAACAAAUUUCAAAAAGAAAACCAGCUGAAGACUCUGAAGAUUUGGAGGAUAAGAAUGCAAUGGUUGCAACGCAAUGCAUGUGUCAGCUUUUGACCAACCUCACUCACUUCAACUUCCGCUUAAACUUGAUGACUGCUGUCAUCGCUAAAAUGAGCACUGUUCAUUGGACUAAGACUGCAGAGAUAUGCUGCAACGCCAUUAUAGAGGUGUUUAGACAUGAUGAAACUGGUGAGGCUUCACUUGAUGCUGUCAAGCUCAUCUCCCGAAUGGUCAAAUCCAAAGGCUAUCUCAUCAACGAAUCGGUUAUCAACACCUUCCUCCACUUAAGAUUGAAAGAUGAAUUGCCCCCCGUAGCUGAUAACGAUGGUGAGAACAUGAAAGGAAAGAAGCGACCAAAGUCAAAUAGACCACAUAUUUCCAAGAAGCAACGCAAGGUCAUGAAAGAGAACAAGGAGGUUGAAAAGGAAAUGAAAGAAGCCGAAGAGGUAGUCACGAAGGAAGAGAAGGAUAAGACGCACACCGAAACACUCAAGCUUGUGUUCGCUUGUUAUUUCCGUGUUCUUAAGCAUCACCAAACAUCUAAACUUCUUCCUGCAGUUCUUGAAGGACUUGCCAAGUUUGCUCACUUGAUUAGUAUCGACUUUUUCCGAGAUUUAUUGGAAGCCAUGAAGGCGGUCAUGCACAGCGGAGCGAACACUGAAGACAGUGAACAAGCACCACUUACGGCUGCAGAUACUCGCCGACGACUUCUUUGCUCUAUCACCGCCUUCCAGCUUCUUUCUGGUCAAGGUGAAGCCUUGAAUCUUGAUUUACAAGAUUUCUAUACUGAAAUCUAUCGUCUGUUGCUUCCUAUGUCACUGGAUCCUCAUAUUACCGACGCUCCCGGCGGCCAGGACACUAAUGAAAGUAAUGGUUCUGCAAGACCUACUAAAUCUGCAUUGGAGUCAGAGGCAGAAUUGUUGACCAAAGGACUUGAGCUCAUGUUCCUGAAAAAACGUCAUAUAUCCAUUCCAAGAGCUGCUGCAUUCAUCAAGCGCUUCUCCACCUCAGCACUCAAUAUGCCAGACAACGUGAUUCAACAUUAUCUCACGUUUGUAAAGAAACUUUUGACCAGAGAACCAAGGUUAGACGCUUUGGUUCAGUCUGAAGAUAAAGCUGGUAAUGGUGUGUACUUGCCUACGCUUGACGAUCCUGAACUAUGCAACCCGUUCGCUACCAGUCUCUAUGAACUAUAUUUAUAUCAGAACCAUUACGAUCCCAAUAUUCGAUCCCUUGCUAAAUCAUUGGCUGCCUUCCAACCGGUUGGCAAGAUUGUCAAGGCAUAAGCUAUUAAAAAAUUCAUCACAUUUAUGUAAAUACAAAAAGCACAUUUAGAGCCAAGCAAACAUUCUUUGUUUCAUUUUAUAUUUGUAGAAGGUAUCAUCAAAAAAGUAAAAUGCGUAUUGACACGCAACAAACCAUUGAUCUGGGUAAAGGAGAUGAGCAUGUCAAGGCUUGAAUCCCCAUAUUUCGAGCUCGACACAAUCAAAUUUG